AUGAUAAAACUGUUUGAUGCUCAUUGUCACCUACAAGACCCCAGAAUCAUCAACAAGGCCCCAAGUCUUAUCAAAACAGCCCUAGAGAACGGCAUACUCCAUUUUGCAGUGAAUGGUGUCUCUGAGAAAGAUUGGCAUUUGGUAAAGGAGAUGAGCAACAGCUACCCUUCUAUAAUCCCUUCAUUUGGAAUCCAUCCAUGGUUUAUAAUGGACAAAACCUCCAACUGGUUGAAACUCUUAAGAGAAUUCAUGGAUGAUACACCUUGUGCUGCAAUAGGAGAGAUUGGUUUAGACAAAGGGUCACGUGGAAAGAUGAUUGAUUUCACAAAUCAAGUUGAGACUUUCAGCCUGCAACUUGAACUUGCUAAAGAGCUUAAAAGGCCAGCUUCUGUACACUGUGUGCGUGCUUUUGGUGAUCUUCUUGAUGUAAUGAAAGCUAUUGGACCUUUUCCUGAAGGUGUAAUCUUGCAUUCUUACUUAGGUUCUGCUGAAAUGGUUCCUGAGUUUGCAAAACUCGGGGCUUAUUUUUCCUUUUCCGGGUUUCUUAUGGCCAUGAAAGAAAAUAAAGCGAAGAAAAUGGUGAAAGCAGUGCCUUUUGAUAGGAUUUUACUGGAGACUGAUGCACCUGAUGCAUUACCAAAGGUAUUGAAUGAUUCAGAGUCUGUUUUUUUGGUUGAAGAAGAAAAAGAGGGAAAUGAUGAAGAGCUGAAAGAGAUGCUUAAUCAUCCAGCGAAUAUCCAGUUUGUGCUUGCUUAUGUGGCGCGUUUGCUUGAUAUGUCUAAAGAAGAGCUUGCAGAUGUGAGCUAUAGAAAUGCAGUGCGUAUCUUUUCUUAUGAAGGCUCCAAAGUGCAAAAAGGGUUUUCCGUGACUGUAACUUACGACAGUAAAGCUUUGAUUAUAGAUGGGAGAAAGCGGAUUUUACAGUCUGGAUCCAUUCAUUAUCCUAGAGCCACUCCCGAUAUGUGGCCAGAUAUCAUUGGGAAGGCAAAAGAAGGAGGACUGGAUGUAAUCGAAACAUAUGUUUUCUGGAACUACCAUGAGCCUGUGAAGGGACAGUAUUACUUUGAAGGGAGAUUCGACUUAGUUAAGUUUGUGAAGACAGUGCAUGAAGCUGGCCUGUUUGUUCAUCUUCGUAUUGGUCCAUAUGCCUGUGCUGAAUGGAAUUAUGGAGGAUUCCCUCUUUGGUUACACUUCAUUCCUGGAAUCCAAUUCCGGACCACAAAUGGCCCUUACCAGGCAGAAAUGAAACGUUUUCUUGCUAAAAUUGUCAACUUAAUGAAAGAGGAGAAUCUUUUUGCAUCUCAAGGAGGACCAAUUAUUCUGGCUCAGGUUGAGAAUGAAUAUGGAGAUGUUGAGUGGGCGUAUGGAAUUGGUGGAGAGCUAUAUGUAAAAUGGGCAGCAGAAACUGCUCUAAGUUUUAAUACAAGUGUUCCUUGGGUGAUGUGUAAACAAAGUGAUGCACCUGAUCCAAUUAUAAACACAUGUAAUGGGUUUUAUUGUGAUGAAUUCAUCCCAAAUUCUCCUUCAAAGCCAAAGAUGUGGACAGAGAACUACCCUGGAUGGUUUCUUGCAUUUGGGUAUCCUGUUCCUUAUCGACCCGUUGAAGACCUGGCUUUUGCUGUUGCAAGGUUUUUUGAAAAAGGAGGCACUUUUCAAAACUAUUAUAUGUAUUUUGGUGGAACAAAUUUUGGACGAACAGCUGGAGGCCCUAUGAUUGCUACAAGCUAUGAUUAUGAUGCUCCAAUAGAUGAGUAUGGAUUCAUAAGGCAACCAAAGUGGGGUCACUUGCGGGACCUACAUAUGGCAAUAAAGCAAUGUGAAGAAUAUUUGGUCAAUGCAGAUCCAACUCAUCAAUCUCUUGGUACAAACUUAGAGGCAGAUGUAUACUAUAGAACACCCGAUGACUGUGCAGCUUUUCUUGCAAAUUAUGGAAGCACUUUAGAUGCAAAUGUGACAUUCAAUGGGAAAUCAUAUUUUCUCCCUGCAUGGUCUGUGAGCAUUCUUCCAGAUUGUAAGAAUGUUAUUUUCAACACAGCAAAGGUUGUGGCUCAGAAAAGUAUUGGUGAUGCUACUACAUUUGUUGAGAGUGAAUUUUCAGUAUCGAAUUCAGGUUGGAGUUGGUAUGUAGAAAAAGUGGGUGUUUGGAGCAAUGAAUCAUUUACAGAAACCAGUUUGGUAGAGCAGAUUAAUACAACAAAAGACACAAGUGAUUUUCUUUGGUACACUACAAGGAUAGAAGUAGAUGAAAAGAAAGAUGCGUUUUUGCUCAUUCAGAGUUUGGGACAUGCUGCUCUGGUUUUUCUGAACAAAAAAGUUGUAGCAUUUGGUUAUGGUUAUCAUGAUGAUGCAAUCUUCAGCAUAAGCGAAAAGAUUAGUCUUGAACAAGGAAGCAACACAUUGGACAUCAUCAGUAUGAUGAUUGGUCUACAGAACUAUGGUCCAUGGUUUGAUACCUGGGGCGCAGGCUUAUAUUCUGUCACCCUGCUUGAUCUAAAAAAUGCUAAACAAGACAUUUCAUCUAACGAGUGGACAUACCAGGUGGGAACUGAAGGGGAAAGUCUUGGACUUGAUAAAACAGAUGCUGCUAAUAGUUCCAUAUGGACCCAUGGCAAUGAAAUCCCCACUAAUCAGAGUCUCAUUUGGUAUAAGUCAACAUUCAUUGCCCCUGAAGGAAAAGGUCCUCUAUCACUAAACCUUUCUAGCAUGGGAAAGGGUCAAGCUUGGGUGAAUGGACAAAGUAUAGGACGAUAUUGGUCAACUUACCUUUCACCAUCAACCGGUUGUACUGAUAAUUGUGACUACAGAGGAACUUAUAAUGCACAAAAGUGUCAGAAGAAAUGUGGUCAACCAGCCCAAAUUUUAUAUCACAUACCACAGACAUGGGUGCAUCCUGGUGAGAACUUGGUUGUUCUUCAUGAAGAGUUGGGUGGUGACCCUUCCCAAAUUUCUGUGCUCACACGCACCGGGCAGAAAGUGUGUGGCCAUGUCUCAGAGGACGAUCUGAUUCCGGUUGAACUCUGGAAAUCAAAUUCCGAUUCCAGUUCUCAAAGCCCUCAACUCCGAUUGACAUGUGACCAAGGCUGGAAAAUAUCAUCUGUUGGUUUUGCUAGCUUUGGGAAUCCCAAAGGGGACUGUGGUGCUGGAUUUACUCAAGGCAGUUGUCAUAUUGACGUUUUAUCGAUCGUUGAACAGGUUUGCAUCGGGAAGGAAAAAUGCUGGGUUCCUGUUUCAACUGCUAAACUUGGGAACCCAUGUCCUGAGGUGCCGAAAACCUUGGCAAUUGAAGCUUUAUGCACUGCUUGA